AAAACGCGUUUAUCAUCGUCGUCGGCUGAUCUCCCUCCCUGCUUCUCUCCCUCCUUUUUUCUCUUGUACAUUCUGCGGACUCUCACAUUUACUAAUCGGUCUUCUUCAAGGAAGCUCCUUCUUCAACUCUCUCUGAAAUCCUCCUUUUUUUUCUCUGUUUUUUUUUCCUUGCAGAAAACUCUUGCCUUUUGUAGACAUCACUAUCUCACAGAUCCAUGGAAGAACGCCGACACGAAAUCUCUCUGCAAAAUUCAUCUGCACAGCCCAGAUCCACCUCGUUUUAGUACAAUUCCAUCGCAGGCAAUCCCUUUGUUCUGCUGUCUGUCAAAAAACCCGACCCCGUUGAGCCAACCAAUAGCCAUUACCCAAUACCCAGAAAUCCGCGAAUAUGAAGGGGGCAACAAACAGCAGAUUCUUCACGAUCGGGCUGGUAACUUCAUGGUACUCCUCGAACAUUGGUGUUCUGUUGCUGAACAAGUACUUGCUUAGCAACUAUGGGUUCAAGUACCCGAUCUUCCUCACCAUGUGUCACAUGACGGCUUGUUCUCUGCUAAGCUACAUCGCCAUAGCAUGGAUGAAGAUGGUCCCCAUGCAAACGAUUCGAUCCCGGGUACAGUUCUUUAAGAUCUCUGCUCUCAGUUUGGUGUUCUGCGUGUCGGUGGUGUUCGGCAACAUCUCUCUCCGCUUCUUGCCGGUGUCCUUCAACCAGGCGAUCGGGGCUACGACGCCUUUUUUCACUGCGGUCUUCGCCUACUUGAUGACAUUGAAGAGAGAGGCGUGGUUGACUUACCUCACCCUUGUUCCUGUCGUCACCGGAGUUAUUAUCGCCAGUGGGGGUGAACCAAGCUUCCAUCUAUUUGGAUUCAUAAUGUGCAUUGCAGCUACGGCUGCAAGAGCACUUAAAUCAGUUUUGCAAGGGAUUUUGCUUUCAUCCGAAGGGGAGAAGCUGAAUUCCAUGAACCUCCUCCUUUACAUGGCUCCGAUCGCUGUUGUAUUUCUACUCCCUGCGACACUUAUUAUGGAAGAAAAUGUCGUUGGUAUUGCACUUGCUCUUGCAAGAGAUGAUGUCAAGAUCAUCUGGUAUCUAUUAUUCAACUCAGCGCUUGCAUAUUUUGUAAAUUUGACCAACUUCUUGGUCACCAAACACACAAGUGCUCUGACUCUUCAGGUACUAGGAAAUGCAAAAGGGGCCGUGGCAGUGGUGGUCUCAAUUCUAAUAUUUAGAAAUCCUGUCUCUGUUACUGGAAUGCUCGGGUACACUCUCACAGUCAUUGGAGUUAUCCUUUACAGUGAAGCCAAGAAACGAAGCAAAUGAAAGAAGUCAGAUUGGGGAACCAUUAAGUUGAGUCUUGGUAUACUUUCUCCUCGUCACAGGGAUGGCAGCAACCGAGGGGCAAGCUUGGACCAUGUGGUAGCAGAGGUGGUUUGGAUUUUGCCCUUUUGGUUCUAUUUUUUUCCCUGGAAGCUUUGGAAACUGGUUUCCAAUUUGUAUCAGCAACAAGUGCAGGAUUAGUCAAGAAAUAGAAAAGAAAACUCCAAUAAGUGACUGAUUUAUCUCUAUUACUCCCAGCUUGGGAUUGCAGAGAAUAUCAUUUUUAUCCUUUUUUUCUUUUAAUUCUUUCAGGAAAAGCCUGUAGAAUUUGUCUCUACACACUCACUCUGUUGUUACCAUUUGUCAUAUUGAUAAAUUAAUGAAAAAGACCCAUAAAUUUGCAAUCUUGUA